AUGCUAUCCCUACGCUGGAGCGUGUUUCCUAUAAUUCUAAUAGGACUCGUCCUACCAGAAUUUGCGAUCGCCGAGGAUGCCAGUUCGCGUGCCCUUGUAGCUCUCGAUACCCUCCAGAACUGGUAUAACUCCACAAGCGGUCUUUGGAACACCUGUGGAUGGUGGAAUGGCGCGAAUUGCAUGACCGCAAUCGCAGACCUGGCCGCAAUUGACCCAUCUGCGUUAGAUACCGCAACCUAUGUCUUUGGUAACACGCUACGCAUGGCCCCAGCGUACAAUCCUCAACCUGGCCCUGAAAACCAAACACAAUCACGGUAUGCGGGUGCUGCCAAUGCUUCGGAAUGGCUGGACUCGUCUUAUGAUGAUGAUGCUUGGUGGGCGCUGGCUUGGAUUGCGGCAUACGAUGUUACCAACGAUGAAACAUACCUAGGACUAGCACAGGGCAUUUUCUCAAGCUUAACCAAGGCUUGGGGCACGCCAUGUGGAGGUGGGGGCCUGCAAUGGAGUACGACGAGUGCCUACGUCAACGCAAUUACAAACGAGCUAUUUUUCUCCGUUGCUGCACAUCUUGCAAAUCGUGCUUCAUCCGAAUCAGAGAGGAAUACCUAUGUUGAAUGGGCGCAGAAAGAGUGGGAUUGGUUUGCGGCGCAAGGCUUCAUCGGGGCGAAUUACACCAUCAACGAUGGUCUGUUAGAAAAUUGUCAAAAUAAUGGCCAGACAGUGUGGUCCUACAACCAAGGUGUUAUUCUUGGCGGCCUUGUUGAGCUCAACAGAGCGGCUCCAAACGACACAUACCUGGAAUCGGCCAACAAGAUCGCCCAAGCCGCGAUAAGUACUCUCUCUGACGUAAAUAUGGUUAUUCAUGAUGUUUGUGAGCCGAAUUGCGCCCCGGAUGCAACGCAAUUCAAAGGAAUCUUCAUACGCAAUCUACAUAUGCUGCAACAGGUUUCUCCGAAUGAUAUCUACAAGAAGGUAAUCGAGGCCUGUGCAAAUAGCAUUUGGGCCAAUGACCGAAACAAUCAAAAUGAGCUUGGUGUUAAUUGGGCUGGUCCAUUCGCUUCCGCAGAUGCUUCGACUCACAGCUCAGCAUUGGACGCGCUUGUCGCUGCGAUUGCUAUCUGA